UUUUUUAUAUUGGUACUCUUUGAUAGAGGCAACGAAACCACAGUAGUUGAAUGGGCCUACGGUGACAAGAAAGAAGAGAGAAGAGCAUGCAGGAGUGGAGUCGGACAUGGUUCCAGCAGAAGUUGGCAAUGUAAUGCAGAGCCAUAUUUAGAGACAUCUCAUAUUGCUCACAAGCAAUAAGGGACUUUCUCUUGCAAUAUCAACCUACAAACUACGGUAGUGCUUGAGGGAUUUUAACUUGCUGACAUUUCUGAUCAUCGAUUUCAAAAAUAUUUAAUGGAAUACACUGGAAUUCGUAUUCAAUUUCAUUAAAUGUUGCAAUGGAAAAACGGGUGGAACGAGUGAAGCACACAGGCGGAUGCCAUUGUGGGGCUGUCAGAUUCCAAGUCUGGAAUUCCCCAGACCUUCUGGUUUUCGACUGCGACUGUAGCAUCUGCACCAAGAAGCAAAACCAUCAUUUCAUUGUGCCAGAAAAUCAGUUUACCCUAUUACAGGGUUUGGAGAAUAUUAACACAUACACAUUUAAUACACACAUUGGCAAGCACACAUUUUGUAGUAUUUGUGGAGUCCAGAGUUUCUUCACCCCACGUUCCAAUCCAGAUGGAUAUGGCAUAGCUCCACACUGUUUGGACCCAGGUACUGUACGCAGUGUGACAGUAGAGAAGUUCUGUGGGCAGAAGUAUGAGGAGACCAUGAAGAACCACCCGAAUAUCAGAGACUUGUCCAAGCCUGUAGCACACACACACAGCUGAGAUCAAACACAGUCCCUUAUUGUGUUAUAACUGAGACAACUUUUUCUAAAUCAAAUUAACUUUAUUGGUUCAUCAACAAUUUGAACAUUUGUUCUAACUUUUGUACAUCAUUUCCAAAAAUAAAAAUACCAAACCUACCCUGUUUGGAUACAAUCAA